GCGUCCCAGCGCUAUUUCCUGCGUUGUUGCUUGCCCGUUUCGUUUCUUAGCCGUCCCUCGUCUGAGCGGACGGGAGGAAGGACCCCUCUCCCUUCCUUCUUACCUCCGCGUCCGCCCUCUUCGGACAGUCUAAUCUAUACCUUAGGCCUUAGUACCUACCUACUUUCAUGCAGGUACUCCGUAUUCUUUGGUAUCUACUCGCGUGCACCACCUUUGCCUGUCAUUUAUCAUCACGACACCAUGCAUCAUUACGGCCUCGCGGUUUAUACCACCAAUGCCACCGCAACACCAACAGCAAGUAUUCAACCCCAUAUCUCGCGGAUCCCAUGCGCAUCGUUCAAGGAGAAACACACCCAUCGUCGCUGACUGCUCGUAUUCAUCCCUUGCCGUGCCACCUUCUCGCCUGUCACCAACCAACGAUAAGCGCUACUAAUCAUGCACCAUGCAAUCAAAGUCCAACCAACACCAACCACAUGCUCCAAUAUGUCUGUCGGCUAUCUGCAUCACCGACCAUGUCCAGCACAUUUUCGCCGCCAAGCAAUUUCGAUCGAGUCGCAUCUACGAAUACGACCAACAACAGUCUCGGGGACUCUCGAGCUUGCUUCCAAGUCGCCUCCUGCCCAUCUGCUGAUUAAUCAUACAACCACAUGCCGACAUCUGCUCAUAGGUGGGGGGGGAACCGGCCGAGCGUUCCCGGUCCGACCUGACUCUCCCCGUCUGCAGCCCGCCCGCAGGACAUGAACUAAUACCUACACUAACCUGGUGUGGGUAGUUUAGGUUGGACAUGGACAUCCAUGGCUAUCACGGACACCCAACUGGUCAAUGCUUGUCGCCUGGGUGGUCUCGUCUUGUUUCCCCUUUAGCUCGCCGAAGGCGGCACUCGGAGGAC